UCGGUCACAUGACUGACUUCAUCACUCUCACUGAGACUGUGUUCGGCUGUUAUUGUUGAAGAUGUCUGAGGACAGGGAGGCUCCAGCGCUGCUCGGUGCCGCACACACGGACCCCCCGGAGCCGCAGGACGCGGAGGAUCUGUUCGUGAGCGUCGCGAGCGUCACGGAGUGUCCAGAAGCGGCUCGUCUCUCUGCAGAAGACCUCAGCCCCGGCUCUGACGGACACAAGGACCCCGACGACCCCGAUGACCCCGAUGACCUCUUUGCUGAAGCGACGGAGGAAGUGUCUCUGGACAGUCCUGAGCGUCAGCCGAUCCUGUCAGACGGCCCGUCGCCCGCCAUCACACCCGUCACACCCGUCACCAUCAGCCCCAGACUGGACGUGUUCGACCGCUCGCUGGACCAGGAUGAAGAGGAAGAGGAAAACAGGGACACGCUUGACAUCCAGAUCUCAGUUUCUGACCCUGAGAAAGUUGGUGACGGCAUGAAUGCGUUCAUGGUCUAUAAAGUGACGACUAAAACCAGUCUGUCCAUAUUCAGCAGAGACGAGGUGUGUGUCAAGAGGCGCUUCAGUGAUUUUCUGGGUUUGCACAGUAAACUAGCCUCCAAGUACAUGCACAUGGGCUUCAUCGUCCCUCCUGCGCCUGAGAAGAGCAUCGUGGGAAUGACGAAGGUCAAAGUGGGGAAAGAGGAUCUGUCAUCGGUGGAGUUUGUAGAGAAGAGAAGAUCUGCUCUGGAAAGGUAUCUGCUGAGGACGGUCAAACACCCAGCGCUGCUCAAAGACCCCGAUGUCCUGCAGUUUCUGGAGAGUUCAGAGCUGCCGCGAGCCGUUAGCACACAGGCGCUGAGUGGAGCCGGAAUAUUGAGGAUGGUAAACAAAGCAGCCGACGCUGUCAACAAGAUGACAAUCAAGAUGAAUGAAUCGGAUGCGUGGUUUGAGGAGAAACAGCAGCAGUUUGAGAAUCUGGACGUUCAGCUCAGAAAACUUCACGCUAGUGUGGAAUCACUGGUGUGUCACAGGAAGGAGUUGUCUGUGAACACGGCGGCGUUCGCUAAAAGCGCGGCUAUGCUUGGAAACUCGGAGGAUCACACGGCGCUGUCGCGAGCUCUGUCCCAGCUGGCCGAGGUGGAGGAGAAGAUCGAUCAGCUUCAUCAGGAGCAGGCGAACGCUGACUUCUACCUGAUCUCAGAGCUGCUGGGAGACUAUGUGCGGCUCAUCACCGCCGUCAGAGGUGUGUUUGACCAGCGGAUGAAAACAUGGGGAAAGUGGCAGGACGCUCAGCUGAUGCUGCAGCGCAAGAGAGAAGCCGAAGCUAAACUACAGUACGCCAGCAAACCUGAGAAACUGCAGCAGGCCCGAGACGAGAUCCGAGAGUGGGAAGGUAAAGUGCAGCAGGGGGAAAGGGAUUUUGAGCAGAUCUCGAGGAACAUCCGGCGAGAGGUCGGUCAGUUCGAGAAAGAGCGAGUGAAGGAUUUCAGAGUCGUCAUCAUGAAAUACCUGGAGUCCCUGGUUCACUCACAGCAGCAGCUGAUAAAAUACUGGGAGGCGUUCUUACCUGAAGCCAAAGCCAUCGCGUAAUCAUCACACCUCCGGCUUUCUUUAUUCCACAGCAUGAUCAUGCAAGAAGAAGAAACCUAAUGAUAGCACUACAUGAAUAAACCCAGAAUCUGAAUCUCUUUGUACCUGUUCGGUGUCUGAAGAUCAGCGCUGUGUUUCUUCACUCCGAUGGAGAUCCAGCGAUCGGCUCUUUGUGAUUCUCAGCUCGUUCGUCUCAUAUUGAAUGUCAUAUUAGGCAAUGAUCCGGCAGGGGAAGGCCUUGUGUUCUCGUGUGUACAGAAUGAAGCAUUAAUCUUUAAUAAUCAGUAUUUAAGAGCAUCAGUAAUCGACGAGGCGUCUGGUAGCUCCUGCACGGUGGAUGAAUAUACAUAUGUAUAUUUUUUUAUUUUGCUUUGUAGCCUGAAAUUUUGGAUCGUUUCAGUUGAUUCAUUGUUCUAACAGAUUUUUUAAUCCCGAGUAUUUUUUACUCUACAUUCCUAUAUCUGAAGCUUAAUAAAGGAGUGAAUGCGUAUCAGAA